AUGGGUCUAGCGGUGAAGAUUUGUUUGUUGCUCCUGCCGCUGGUUUGUGGGCCAGUGUUUGGUAGCUCUCUGGUGAGACAGCAGCGCCAGGCUGAUUGGUGGAGGCAUUACCAGAUGCCCGUGCCUGCUCAGGGCUCUUUUAGAGGGGCUAGCAGAGCUAUUAGUUCUCGCCCGCUGGUAGGACUUGGCUCUCUCAGAGGUAGUGCCCAGCACAGAAGAGGGCCCAACAACUGGUAUAGUGGGGGGCUUCCCAGACAGAUGCCACAGCAACAGCCUCUGAGCUCCCCCAUCAGCAUUCAGUGUACAGAGAACAGCAUAGUGGUGAGAGUCAGCAGGGACUUCUAUGGAAAUGGUAUCCUGGUACAACCAGCGGAACUGAGCCUGGGAUCCCAGUCCUGUAAACCCAGCCUGCAGAGUAAUGACACCACCACCAUCAUCUUCCUCAAUGACCUCCAGGAGUGCGGCAGAACUUUACAGGUGACCUCAGACUAUUUGAUCUACUCCAGUGUCCUGACCUACAGCCCAUUGGCUAAUGGGGUCAUCAUUCGUUCUAACCCCGCUGCGGUUCCUAUCCACUGUAUUUAUCCAAGACAUGGCAAUGUGAGCAGCAAGACCAUCAAGCCAACCUGGGCUCCAUUCAGCACCACGGUAUCCACUCAAGAAAAGUUGUUGUUUUCCUUGACCCUGAUGGCUGAGGACUGGAGUGGCCCCAGGAGUUCUUCUGUCUUCCAGCUGGGACAAAGCUUAAACAUUGAGGCCUCUGUGAACACGGAGAACCACAUGAGUCUAAUCGUGUUUGUUGACUCUUGUGUGGCCACGACAUCUCCUGAUCCCAACUCCUCUCCUAACUAUGACAUAAUUGCAGCUAAUGGGUGCUUCAUGGAUGCAAUGACCGAUGCCACAUCUUCAGCCUUCAGGUCUCCGAGGAUCCAGCAAGACAAGUUGCAGUUCACCCUUGAAGCUUUCCGCUUCAAGGAUGUAGACGUGUCUGUGAUCUAUAUUACUUGCAAUUUGAGAGCAGUCCCAGCCUCCCAAGUCCCUGAUGCCAUGAACAAAGCUUGCUCUUUCAACAGACAACUUGGCAGCUGGUCCCCAGUGGAAGGCUCAAGUAACAUCUGUCAGUGCUGCUUCGAUUACAUCUGCGAACGACUCAAACGUCGGGGACCUUUUAUCAUCAUUCAGAGGAACAUGGCCAGGCUGUUCUUGGUCCACUACUGGUGA